UUGACCUCAUCUGUUCCCCAGCACCCCCACAAUAUGAUAUGGUACAGCUACAACCCAAAAUGUGGACCCUUGGGAGACUACUUGAUAGAACCUCGUUUGCAUUGAUAAUACCUCUGUUAAGGUGGGUAUAAUAUCUCAUGCCUGUGAUCACAGUACUUGGAAAACACAGGCAGAGGAUCCGGAGUUCAGGGUCAUCCUUCGCUUUAAGACUAGCCUGGACUGUGAGACAUUGACUCAAAACAGCACCAAUAACAAAACGUUUUUACUACGAGCUGAACUAUGUAAUAUUUCAAAAUGAUGUUUACUGGGACUAUUUGUGGAGGAAAAUUGAACUAUAAACCAGGGAAGGGGUAAAUCAAAGUGUUGCUAAUUGAGAUGCUUGUGUAAGUGAGUGCCUGCACAGUUUGUAACUGUUUUGUGCUGACCUGUGUUGACUAUGUUUAGAUAAUGGGAGACCCUUGGCAGGAGUGCAUGGAUUAUGCAGUGGUCCUCGCAAGACAAGCUGGAGAGAUGAUUCGUGAAGCUCUGAAAACUGAGAUGAACGUCAUGAUUGAAAGUUCUCCCGCCGACUUGGUGACCGUUACUGACCAAAAAGUUGAGAAAAUGCUCAUGUCGUCUAUAAAGGAAAAGUACCCAUAUCACGGUUUCAUUGGUGAAGAAUCUGUGGCAGCUGGGGAAAAGACAGUCUUGACAGAGCAGCCCACGUGGAUCAUUGACCCUAUUGAUGGAACGACUAACUUUGUGCAUCGGAGUUUCUUCAAAUGAUUAAAGGCAGUCUAUUGACCUCUCAGCUGUAUGAGCACUGGCUUUCCAUACCCGAAAUGGUCAGCAAUGAAGAAAAACUAUCAACAGC